AGCCGAGUGUUGUUGUGUGAGCCGAGUGUGAGAGCUGAGUGUGUGAGCCGAGUGUGUGAGCUGAGUGUGUGAGCUGAGUGUGUGAGCUGUGGCAGUAACAAUGCCUUCAGUUCAGUAUCUGAGAGAGUUUAUCAACGAGCGACUAACUGCUGCUGCUGAACAAAUAUUCUUGGAGUUUGAAAAAACGAUCGUCCAGUACGAGGAAGAGAUCGACCGUCAGCGCAGACUGCUGGAUAUCACCUGGAAACCCCAAAUCAAGCUGCACAGGACAGACGUCCCACAGCAGCAUGUCUGUAAGGAGGAGGAGGAGGUUCUCCCUGUGCAGCAGCUCUGGAACCAGGAGAGGAGCUCCAGUCUAGACCAGGAUGAACCAGAACCUCCACAGAUUAAAGAGGAACAGGAGGAACUGUGCAGCAGUCAGGAGGGAGAGCAGCUGGGACUGACGGAGGAGACGGAUACCUUUAUGGUGACCUUUAUUCAUAAGGAAAGUGACCACAGCAAACCAGACCCAGUCAGCUGGGAUCAGCUCCUCUCUCACAGCUCUGAUGUAACUGAAAGACAGUCUCAGCGAAGAAGCAAGACUGUAGAUUCAGGAUCAACUAGAAAUAGAAAAAAAAGUCACAAGAAUGCAGACGAUCCACCUACAUCAGAGAAUCACUCAGACACAAGUAAAAGGGCCUUCAAAUGUGAUGUUUGUGGAAAAGCCUUUAAGCAGAAUUAUGAAAUCAAACGACAUUAUAGAAUCCAUACUGGUGAGAAACCAUAUCCUUGUAAAACAUGCAACAAAAUGUUUGCAUGGAGUGGUGAUUUACUGAAGCACAUGAGAGUUCACACUGGUGAGAAACCAUUUUCUUGUAAAACCUGUUUGAAAAUGUUUGCAAGUACAAGUUCUUUAUCGAGCCACAUGAGGACUCACACGGGAGAGAAGCCAUAUACUUGUAAAGCAUGUGGGAAAAUGUUUGCGUACAGUAGUGAUGUACGGAAGCACAUGAGAAUUCACACUGGUGAGAAGCCAUAUCAUUGUAAAGCAUGCGGGAAAAUGUUUGGUUUUAGUUGUUCAUUGUUGCGCCAUAUGAAAACUCACACAAGUCAGAAGUCCUGCUCUUUCUAGAGGGAAAAUGAUAUCACGGAAGCCAAGGUCUUCCAGUUUAUUACAUGUGAGAUUGAUCUAACCUGUUCCAAAA